UUACUCCUAUACGACAAAAACUCGAAGCAAACACGUAUCUUAGUCUUCAACACCGCACACCCAAAUAGUGUAAUCAUACAGAUAAGACAACAUCCUCUCACCGCUUUUGUUGCUCUUCAUAUAUUUAGAGCCAAAAUCACCUGAUUCAAUUCAUUUUCGUCUCUGCCUCCUCAUUUCUCAUUUCACUCUAUAGACAAGUGUAGCAGCACAACUCAUCAGCUUUGCUCAUCAUCAUGCCCGGUAAUACAAACAGUUGUGCGUUAGCGGAAGCAGAGGCUCCGUUGUUGGCGGCGUACUCAGCUUCAGACGACGUCGGUUUAAAACACGAACGUCACGAUGAGCUCAUUGAUGAAGAUGACGAUCAACGUCUUGGAAGGAGAGUCUGGAUUGAAUCAAAGAAGCUUUGGCACAUAGUCGGUCCGGCUAUCUUUAGCCGUGUCGCCUCCUAUUCCAUGCUGGUCAUCACCCAAGCUUUCGCCGGCCACCUCGGCGAACUAGAGCUCGCCGCAAUCUCCAUCGCCAAUAAUGUCAUCGUCGGUUUCGAUUUCGGCCUCUUGUUAGGAAUGGCGAGUGCUUUGGAAACACUAUGUGGGCAAGCUUAUGGUGCCAAGAAGUACUAUAUGCUUGGAGUGUACAUGCAACGCUCAUGGAUAGUUCUCUUCUUGUGUUCUAUUCUCCUCCUGCCGCUCUACCUCUUCGCCUCGCCGUUCCUAAAGGUUUUAGGUCAGCCAACAGACGUGGCCGAGCUCUGUGGGAUUGUGUCCAUGACCAUGAUACCGAUUCACUUCAGCUUCAGCUUUCAGUUCCCGCUUCAGAGGUUUCUACAGAGCCAGCUGAAGACUGGUGUGAUUGCUUGGGUGUCUCUGGUGGCUCUGAUUUUCCAUAUCUUUGUGAGUUGGUUCUUUGUGUACAGGCUUGAGCUUGGAGUGAUCGGAACCGCCGUUACGUUGAGCCUUUCGUGGUGGGUGUUAGCUUUCGGGCUUUUCUUUUACACUAUUUGCGGUGGCUGUCCUUUAACUUGGAGUGGAUUCUCCAUUGAAGCGUUUUCUGGUCUUUGGGAGUUCAUCAAACUCUCUGCUGCUUCUGGAGUUAUGCUCUGCCUGGAGAAUUGGUAUUAUAGAAUACUAAUACUGAUGACAGGAAAUCUGCAAAAUGCAAAGAUUGCUGUGGAUGCUUUGUCUAUAUGCAUGACCAUAAACGGCUGGGAGCUGAUGAUUCCUCUGGCUUUCUUCGCUGCAACUGGAGUGAGGGUUGCAAAUGAGCUUGGAGCUGGGAAUGGGAAGGCAGCCAAGUUUGCAACUAAAGUAGCAGUUGUGACCUCUGUUAUAAUUGGCCUCUUCUUCUGGGUUUUGAUUAUGAUGUUCCACACUGAGAUCGGCUAUAUAUUUACCAACAGUAUACCUGUCAUCACUGAAGUAAACAAACUCUCCCUCCUCUUGGCAUUCACAAUUCUUCUCAACAGUGUCCAGCCUAUUCUCUCUGGAGUGGCUGUGGGAUCUGGGUGGCAAUCAUAUGUGGCAUACAUAAACUUGGGUUGCUAUUAUCUAAUUGGAGUGCCAUUAGGGUUUCUCAUGGGAUGGGGUUUCCAUCAAGGAGUUAUGGGAAUUUGGGCUGGAAUGAUUUUUGGAGGGACAGCAGUCCAAACCUUGAUACUGGCCAUCAUUACCAUUAGAUGUGACUGGGAAAAAGAGGCAGAGAAGGCAAGCAUGCAUGUACUGAAGUGGGCAGACAAACAAUAGAGCAUCGACUAUUUCGAAUAUUAGAUUUUUUGAUAUACAUUUUGAUGAUGUUUCAUUAUU